CUUUCAAAAUGCCAAUACUUCUCUUUCAGUUGCCAACUUUCCUAGUAAGAAAAAGCUUCUCCAACACACUAAACAUUUGGCUUUGUAAAUACACUUCAAAAUAAAUUCAUUUGAAAUAAAUAUUUACUUACAAAUCUGAGCAAUCAAAGUUAGGUUCCUCAAAGAAACAGGGGAAUCUCAAUACAGAAUGGUGAAUGAAGAGUUGAAGAAGAGUCCUGUUAAUGGAGAAAAACGCGAGGAGUUGUUCAGCCCAAGAUUCAAAUCAAUGGCUGCAAUGGCGGGUUGGGACGAAGAGGCACUUCUGAUAGCUAGUUUUGGUGUGGAAGAAACUCCUGAUCGACAGCAUAAACAAAAGAAACUUACUGGUUUGCAGCAUUUUGUGACUCCACCUACGAAUUCCAGAAGGAAACGAAGGGCUCAGAAGACGAGCCCUGCUUCCGUAGGCCUUGCUGUUGUUGAUCUUGAUGAUGAUAACACUGCAAAAUCAGAAACUGAAAUGAAAGAGCAAAAAUUCACUGGAAAAGGAGACAAGGAAGGAGUUGAAGAACAGGACUCUUGUGUUUUCUCUUCUGGUUCAGCGAUUCUGUGCAUGGAUCCACUUCGUGAAGAACUUUCUUGUGCCAUUUGUUUGGAGAUAUGUUUUGAACCGAGUACCACUCCUUGUGGACACAGUUUCUGUAGAAAGUGUUUGCAAUCUGCUGCAGACAUAUGUGGGAUGCGAUGCCCCAAGUGCAGACAGCUUAUCAGCAAUGGAAGAUCUUGCACUGUGAACACAGUCCUUUGGAAUACAAUUCAACUACUAUUUCCAAAAGAAGUAGAAUCAAGACAAGAAGCUGGAGAUUUAAAUAGUAAAGAAGGUCAGCAUCAAAAUCCAGCAAGAAACGGAGACAUUAGUUUAAGGACAAGUAUAGAAUUACCACCAAGCCAGGAUGAGGAUGCUGCCUGGGCAUUGCAACUGCAGAGAGAGGAGUAUUCACGAGGAGACAUUUAGGACAUGACGCUCUGAUGAGCAGUAGAGGAAUGCUCUUGCUCUAGCUAGAGCGAAUUUGAGGGCCAUGUCAUCAACAGCCAUUAACAACAUUUGUGUUAAGAGGACAUGGAACAUAAAAAUAUUUUACAGAGACCAGUAAUUUCAAUAAGUUAAACUUCCCUACUAGAAGUGACUUCAGAGUCAAAAGUGAAUAAAAACUCUAAGCUGCUGCAAAAUAUUUUCCUCAUCUUAUGGUAAUGAGUGUUAAUAAGUAAAACCCAAAUGACAUUAGCUGCGACUAUGGAUUAACGUCGAGAAUUAUAGUGGACCUGUGAUAUGCAAGACAAUACAUAAAGAAAUA